CGUGGUGAGAGGUAGACGUACGCUGACUCGCGUUGGGAAAUUUAACUGAAGUGCCGUUCACGAAUUUUGAGGAAAUAUUAAUUGUGUUUUAAGUGUGAGAUUAUAUAGUGCAGGUGAGAUUGUAUAGCUCAAUUUUUAUUCUCUUGUGCAUGUGAUUUAAUGUAAGAUUUUUGAGUGUUUUUUUUUUCCCUGAAAGAUUUUCGCCUCUUCAAACUGUCUGCGAUUGCGAAGGGGAGGAACUGAAUAAAAAGACUGAGGCAUCGUGAUGAACUCGAGUGCAAGAUGAAGUAUUCCUCGAGGCGUUUGCAGUGCCAGGUGACCUAGUGCCGCCGGAGUUUGGCCGGCCAGAGUGCCAAGAGGCGCCGCCGAGGAGCAGCGUCGCGCGACCGUCUCAGACGGAGUGUCCCGGCCAGCGACGCUCGAGGGGAACACGGAGAGCGGCCGCUGGCAGCGAGGGUGUGCGUGCGUGCGUGCAAGCGCGUGUGUGAUGGUGGGGCGUGACUGCCGCGGAGGAAGAUGAGCUCGAGCGACGUGGCCGCCGUGGUGGGGGCGGUGCAGUGGGGGGAUGAGGGCUCGUACGUGCGGGAGGUGGCCGCCCGCGGCCCCUUGCCGCAGCUGGCCAAGGUCAUCAAGGGGCAGUACCUGGGCGUGGGCGUGCCCUCCCUGGCCAACCCCGGCCUGGCGUCCACGCUGCUGCUGCUGUCUGCGGGGCGCGGGCUGCGUGUCGCCGCGCAGUGCGUCAAGUUCAAGGAGGGGCGGCGCGUGGUUCCCGUCGGGCCCAAGCUCACGAUCCCCGAGUCCUACGACGGCUUCUUCGAGAUCCUGAGCGAGGACGGGCGCGCCGUGCGCUGCAUGGAGAGCGUGGCGGAGCUGGCCAAGCGCUUCCCCGACUCGGCGCUCGUGCGCGAGAGCAUCAAGGCGUACGUGUCGCGCUCCGACGACGUGGACACCAUCACGGAGAAGUCGCGCGCCGUGCAGAGCGGCGAGACGCUGGUGCUGGUGGGCGAGGUGAUCGGCUCCAAGAACGGCAAGAGCCAGCACCGCUUCCUGCGCUGCUUCGACCAGGCCGGCCAGAACGUGUACCUGCCGUACGACGCGCGCGGCAAGUUCUCCGCCAUCGCCAAGGAGGACAACAUCAGCGGCGUGCACAGCAUCCGCAACCUCCUCAACAAGCGCCUGCCGCUCAUGGUGCGCAUGGUGCACGGCCGCCCGCCCGUCGGGGCCAAGGCGGCGUCGCAGUUCCUGCCGGAGCUGAGGCUGUUCGCCGCCUUCUCAGAGGAGCCGCUGGCGGCUCUGCCUCUCGGGAAGGACGCCCCGCUCAUCCUGCUGCCCCCGCAGGCGCCCCUCAAGCUGGCGCACGCCCGCAACGCAGACCAGGUGGAGAAGACGAAGGAGUUCAUGCGGCUGUGCGAGCGCGCCACCUCGCUCCUGCAGGAGGUCGCCGACAGGAUCCACGUGUACGACGUGUCGGUCGGCACGAAGGGCGGCGGCAUGCGUGACCCGCGGUUCUCAAACUGGCCCGACCAGAACAAGCAGCGCCACAAGCACCACCACCACCACAACCACCACCGGCCGCACCACCGCACCAAGAGCCCCCCGGACGCCACGUCCUCCGCGGGCGGCAACGCCGUCCCCGACGACUACGACGAGAUCGACCAGAUCUACGACUACGUGCGCGGCUUCGCCCCGCUGCCCAAGCACAUCAAGUCCCCGUACGCCAGCGGCGAGCAGUCCACCCCCAGCAGGAGGUCGCAGGCGGCGCCCAUGUCGCCCGAGAGGACGGACGCGAGGCCCACGCCGCCGCCCAUCGAGACGAUCCCGACGCGGCGCGGCGGCGAGCAGCGGGCGCACGAGAAGCUGUCUCCGUCGGUGCACCCGGCGCUGAUCUCGGCCGCGCUGGACCGCGCCACGGAGCGACGGGUCGAGAAGCGCUCGCGGAAGCCCGAGGACAAGAAGGGCGGCCACCAGCAGGUGACGCCGCAGCUCAGCCAGCACUCGCAGCAGUCGCCGGCGCAGCUGACCUCGCCCUCCACGCCGCUGCAGGAGAAGCCCAGCAACAACAAGCUGUUCGUGAAGGCGUCGCAGCAGCGCUCGCAGAAGGCGCGGAUGUUCCGCCACAAGUCGGCGUCGCCGGUGAAGGAGGCGCUGAUGGAGGUGGUGAGUGUGGGGCCGGGCGGCGGCGGCGGCGUGGCGCCCCCGGCCGUGGGCGUGGGCGGAUCCUCGCCCUCGCCGCUGUUCAAGCUGCGUUACAAGUCGCUCACGAACCUGGCCAUGGACUUCGACACGCUGGACUCGAGCACGUCGGGCGGCAAGGGCUCGGCCGACUCGGGCGGGUCGGCCGCCAUCAAGGCCAAGCUGCCCGAGAAGCGCAGCCGGAAGCUCACGCGGCCCAAGAGCCUCACCAACCUGGUGUGGGACGGCCGAGGGGGCGGCGGCGGCGGCAGCAACGCGCCCGCCGACGCCCUCGGGAUGAGCGGCACCGCCCGCGCCCUCCUGGAGGCGGAGCGGAAGCUGAGGCUGGAGCCAGGGGUGUACCGGCACGCCCGCGACGCACCCGCCCUCCUGGCCGCCACCACCAGACUCCUGGCAUCGCAGAAGAAGAUCGGGACGCUCUACUUAUGAGGGUAGACUUCAGGAUUGGUGACGUGGCAUCUUCUGCAAGAGGCUGAAGCGAAGAACCUGAAGACGCCAAGAAGCUGAAUUUCAUAUGAAGAGGGAAAAAAAGAAGAAGGGAAAAAAAAGAAGACGAAAAGAAGAAGAAGAAGGUGGAAAAGAAGAAACAAGUCUUAGGAAGUGGAAGUCUUUCUUCGCGAGUGAUUGUAGAUUUGAUGGGAUUCGAAUCUUUGGAAGACAAGAGCCCGAUUGGAAGGAUUAGAGUCAGUGAUAAUCCUUGAUUGGUGUAAAUGGACAGGUAUAUUUUUCCCGAAAUUGUGUGAUGAAAGAUUUUUUUUUUUUUUUAAAGAAGUGGGCUUGAACACGUGGGUGGCUUUGGAAGUGAUGGUGACACUGUUAUGGAUAUAGUAACGACGGAUAUGGUGAUUAGGAAAGUGGAUGGUGUACGUGUGAUACUUUGGUGCACAAGGACGUUCUGAAAAUUGCUUAAAGAAAUGUGAUAGUUUCUUCCAUAAAACACUUGGCAUUUUUUACAGAUCAAAGACAGCUGUGUGUGAAUUGUAUGUUUCCUUUCGUAUUUCUCAAGUUGGUUGGGA